CUUAUUAAAUAGGACAAAAUGGCGAGCAUGAAUCCAUUUGAGGGUGAAUGGAAGACCCCUCCUGUGAAACUGCCAGAAGACAAGACCUACCUGCAGCCGGCCAAGGCUUUCGUGCGGACUGGGUGCUGGACUAAUGAGGAGCUGGAAGAGCGAUACUGGAACAGAAGGUUCGAAAAGGAUCAGUACCUCAGUGCCAGAGAGCCAGUUGAGUUGAUGCCUCGGUACACACCGAUAGUUCAGAUGUUCGUGGAUGCCCAGAGGUCUGUGAUGACCAGACUAAUGCCCAAGGCAUACCCCAAGUACAUCCACAAGCACAAGAUCCACAGACUGUUUGUGGGAUUACUGGCAGUAUAUGGCACAUGUUUUGUCAUAGUCAACAGAGUCCAGUACAACAUGAUUCCGGACAGGAGGUUCAUCUACCUCAGACCUGGAGACCACUCGAAAGUGGAGGUGCCAGAGGUAGAGCCACACGAGGUCAACGAUUACAUCGAGAAAACUUAUUUGCACAGGACGAAAGGACACCAUCAUUGAGAAGCACAUCAGAAAAAGAUGCUUAUUUGACAGAUUAUUUUGAAAAUUCACACUACUCUUACUACCAUAUAACUUGAAUAGAUUUGCAUUUAAUUAACAUAGGAGUUUUUAAUCUCGUAAUUGAGUUUGAUUGCAUAUUA